AUGCCUCAAUUUAGAAGAAAAAAGGCAUCAAAGUCAUUUCCAGUUAAAGUAUGUACGCUAGAUGCCGAAUUGGAAUUUAACCUUGAGUGGCGAGCAACAGGAAGGGAUUUAUUUGAUUUAGUAUGCAGAACUAUUGGUUUACGAGAGACAUGGUUUUUUGGUUUGCAGUUCGAAGACACAAAACACUUUAUAAGUUGGCUGAAGUUGGAUAAAAGAGUACAAGACCAAUGCGUCUCCCAAAUGCCCGGCACUCCUUUCAUGCUGCUCUGCAAACUGUAUCCUGAAGAUGUAGCCGAAGAAUUAAUCCAGGAAGUGACGCAGCACCUGUUGUUCUUGCAAGUUAAGCAGGCGAUACUCCGAAUGGAUAUAUAUUGUCCACCCGAAGCCUCUGUGCUUCUGGCGAGCUAUGCUGUACAGGCUAAGUAUGGUGACUACGAUGAAAGUGCAUACAAACCUGGCAUGUUAGCGAGCGAACAUCUACAGGAUCUAUUACCACAGCGUGUCAUCGACCAGUACCAGAUGACACCCGAAAUGUGGGAGGAUCGGAUCAAGAUAUGGUAUGCAGACCAUAAAGGCAUGUCGCGAGACGAAGCAGAGAUGGAAUAUCUGAAGAUAGCUCAAGAUCUUGACAUGUAUGGUGUUAAUUACUUCGUUAUUAAAAAUAAAAAAGACACAGAUCUGUAUCUCGGCGUGACCGCGUUGGGGCUCAACAUAUACGAGAAGGACAACAAGCUCACACCUAAGACCACCUUCCCAUGGUCUGAAAUCAAGCACAUUAGUUUCGACGAUAAGAAGUUCGUCAUUAAGUUUGUUGAGAAGACGACAAACAACUUUAUAUUUUUUUCACCAAAGGGAAUGAAUAAAUUGAUACUGGACUUAUGCAUCGGUAAUCACGACUUGUACAUGCGAAGACGUAAGCCUGAUACCAUGGAAGUUCAGCAGAUGAAAGCACAGGCUAAAGAGGAAAAACAGCGUCGUCAAAUCGAACGCAAUAAGUUGGCUCGGGAGAAACAGCUGCGUGAAGCGGCGGAGCGAGAUCGCCAGGCGAUGGAACAGAGGCUGCGCCAGUACCAAGAGGAGAUACGGCUCGCCAACGAAGCGCUCCGGCGUUCAGAGGAAACUGCAGAGUUACUGGCAGAAAAGGGGCGAGUGGCGGAAGAAGAGGCGUCGCUGCUGGCGCAGAAGGCAGCCGAUGCCGAGCGGGAAAACGCACGGCUGAGGCUAUCUGCCAUCAAGACCGAAGAGGAGAAAGUGCACUUAGAACGAAAGACCCGCGAAGCUGAGUAUCUAACGGCCCGUUUAGUCGAAGAGUCGGAGAAACGAGCCGCGGAAGCGGAACGACUGAAGGCGGAACUAGUCUCGGCGCGGGUGGCGGAAAAACAAGCCAAGGAGAAACUACUCAGUUUCCUGAGUAGAACGUCUACUGGGUCACUGCCUCCUUCCUACAACUCAUCAUGCUUGCCGGUUGCGGGUACUACGGAUCUUACCUUUUUAAAGGACAUCACUACUAAGUCAUCAACAGUCCCUUCAAGCUUGUUCCCUUCUACGUGUUCUCUGCCCGCAGAGCUUGGGGGUGAAGUCCUACAGAAUGGCACUACGACAGUCACUGAACCUGAACUAAACUCUUACCAACUCGUUCCGGACGACUCAGAUCCUCAUAUACAUAGACUAUCAUUAGAAAUUGAAAAAGAAAGAGUGGAAUACUUGGCCAAAUCCAAACACUUACAACAACAACUGGAUGAGCUACGUUGUGAGUUCUCUGUACUGCGAGUGGACCAGUCUACGGCCACGCUGGACAGGUUGCACGAGGAGCAGACCAGGGCCGGAGACAAUAAAUACUCUACUCUCAGAAGGCUCAAGCAGGGGUCCACGAAAACCAGAGUCGCUUUCUAUGAAGAGCUUUAG